GCCGGAGGUGUGGACACCGGAAGCGGCGAAGAGAGGAAAGAGGAGGAGCCGGUGGUGGAGAGGAUUGUUUGGGGGCUCCUCAGAGCGGGGCGGCUGGGGAGCGGAGGCCGGGCCUGGCCAGGCCAUGAGUUGCCGGGGAGCGGUGCCGAGCGAGCGGGGAGCCAAGCAGAGAAAGAGGAGACGAAAUGGCACAGAAGAGGAUGGGCCUAUACCACAAACAAAACGCAGCAGCCGAAAUGCUGUUUUUCAGGAUUCCUGGGAUACAGAGUCCUCCAGCAGUGAGAGCGGCAGUACUAGUAGCUGCUGCAGUAGCAGCAUAAGCAGCCCUGACAGAGGCAGUGGGCCAGAAACCAGCCUACACCAGAUAAUGCCCGGGUCGAGUCCUGUGACACCACCUCAGUCGUUCCAUGAGCAGUCUGCACUAUGCCAAGGUCCUUACUUCCACAUCAACCAGAUCCUGAAGGAGGCACACUUCCAUAGCUUACAGAGCAGGGGCCGUCCUCCAACAUGAUGAGCCCAGCAGUUCCCUGCCUUCCGUGAAGGGGGACAACACUGUGUGAUAUUUCAACUUUAAAGUUUGUUAAAAUUGCACAAAAUGCCUGUUGCCUUUUUAGUCUGUAUUUGGAAUAACAGAUUAACAGGCAAUUGUUUACUUGUGGUUUGCUGCACUAUUGCAAUGCAAAAGGGGCUUUGGAGCAAUUUUUAUAGGAUUCUUUUGUGGUGGGGCAGAGAGGUGGAUUUCUUCAACUUGUCAUGAUGGUUUUAAGAAUCCACCUCUGUAUUACAGGAGUGCAUAAGUCCAGUCUGACUUCUUAAUCUGUUCAAUAGUAAUUGAUGCUUUAUGUAAAAUUCCCUCAAACAUUUGUGUUCAGUUUUAUAAGUCUUUUUUUUUAAUUUCAAUAAAUAGUGAAUAUGUUUUUAUGGUAAA